UAUAAUGAAGGAUAAUCAAAAGGAUAUAAUAACCGAAGAGGAGGUGGAGAAGUUAACGACAGACCAGGCACCUGAGGCACAUGAUCCAUCCACUGCCGAGGAAGUAAUAGAUCCUCGUAUACCUAUAGAUAGAGGAUGGGCCUGGGUGGUUAUGAUUGCUUGUAUGUUGAAUGCUACAAUAACUGCCGGAUAUGGACGAACACUGGGUUUACUUUUUGUUGAAUAUCUGGACUUGUUCAAAGCUUCGGCAACUAUAACAACUCUAGUAUUUGGUGUUAUGGCAGCUGCUCUUAGUAUAUCAGGUUUUAUCACGAUGAAUUUCAUACUAGAAAAAACUACAGUAAGAAAAGUUGUGUUGGUUGGAGUCUGCCUAUCAUCUGGUGGAGUUAUAUUAUCUUGUUUAGCUAAUGGAGUACUUUUCUUAAUAUUUACACAGUUUCUUGUUGGAAUUGGAAACGCCACCAUAAACUCGCCAGGAUUGGUUCUAAUAGGGCGGUACUUUAAUAAGAGACGUGCAUUAGCCACUGCUGUGGCAAAAACCGGUAUUAGCUUAGGUUCAUUGACAUUUCCAAUUUUCCUUAGAUAUCUUUUGGACACGUUCGCUUUAAGAGGAACUUUGUUGAUAAUGGGUGGUAUUCAGUGUCAAAUGUUUGUGUUCGCUUUAUUGCUUCGUGGACCUGAAACAUUUGCACCAACAAAGCAAGUUAUAGUUAAAAUCACGAAACCGGAACUACCCGAGAAAGCAAGUUCUAAAAUAAACAUGGAAAUGAAGUUUCUAAAAAGUGUAAGUCAGGACCAAAAAGCACAAGAAAUUCCUGAAAAUGGUAUGGCUUCUCCCUUGCCUGUUCAACGCCUGCGUACAGUAUCUGACGGCGCCAAGUACUCGGCUUAUAAAAGACAGCACAGUAGAACAGAAUUGGGAUCAGAUCAAAGUUUUAUUGACUCCCUAUCUAAUUCUCGGAUACUGAAAUAUGUGAGUAACUUAGAUUUAUUGUCAGUAUCCACGACUGAUGUAAGCACAGAAGCCUCAACAAGUCAAAAACUUCCAAAGAAGAAAACUGAUUCAGCGUCGAAUAAAAAUAAGUAUUUGUGCAAGUUCACUGAUAUCAUAGAUUUUACAUUGGUAAAGAAUUCUAUGUUUAUUUUACUCAUGUCGAUUGCCUUUUUUGCUAUUACAUUGUUUGUAACAACAAUUUAUCUACCAGCAUUAUUCAUUGAAAACGGUGCAAACGAAUCGGAUGCAGCUUUAUUUUUAACUGUAGCUGGGGUGUCAGAUGUUGCGUCAAGAUUGUUUGCAGGUGCCAUUGCUGACCUGGGAAUCAUUAAAAGACAUCAUAUAAUGAUGAUAAGUCUUUUUAUAGGAGGUAUCUCAGCUCAAUUCACACGAUAUUGUACAAGCUUCGGACUUCAAAUCGUUUAUUCCUUAGUGUAUGGUUUAUCUGUUGGACCCUAUGCAGCUCUACUUCCAGUGAUUCUAACGGAUUUUUUGGGCAUUGAGAAUCUUGGCAAAUCCAUGGGAUUUAUUUCUUUAGUCCAUGGUGCUGCUAUUUGUGCUUGUCACCCGAUCGUAGGUGCCAUACGAGACAAGACGGCAAGCUAUGUAAUGGCGUAUCAUCUGAUUGGUACAACGUGCCUUGUUGCGGUGGUUUUGCUUUUAUUUGUACCAUUAGUUUCACGUUUAGAAGAAAAACGGAAGCGAAAACUUGAUAAGGAAAACGGAAGCCCAAUGUAGGCCUGCAGCCAAAAUUUCUAGCGUGAAGUUCCGGUACAAAGUCCUCCCUAAUAAACAAACUAAACAUUAUUUGAAAGUUUAUAACACUAGGAACACAAAUCCAGAGAGUUUCAGGCAAAAUGUAAUAUCUCUAUUCAGGGCCAAAUGAAAAUUAUGAUAAUUCUGAAGUAAAUGCUAUAUUUAUUUUAAGAAUUGUGAAGUUGACAUAAAUUAAAUAUUGGCGAAAACACCCGAUGCCUUCAUCCUAUCAUGGAUCGUAUAUAAUAGUUCUAUGAUCCUAUGCAAAGAAUGUGCUAUUGGUUAAAUUUUGAUUUAAAGCAAAAUGGAGAAAACGUAAUGGACAAAGGAACAUACGUAAUUUUGGAAAUCCAUUUACGGUAAAAGAAGUUAUCUUCCUUUAUCGAAAAUACCAAUAAUUAUUGAUAACAGUGUUUUGUUUAAAGAAUUUAUUCGAUAAACGGAAUAGGAUUUAACUACAGACAGUACAGACAGGGGCCUAUAUUAGGGUGCCCCAUGUGCCGAAAAUUUUCACUACUAAAAGUGGUACUCGACACGGUGAAUGUGCACGCUUCAGUGGCUUGUCUCGAAGUGAUUUCUGGCUAGUCUCACACUCUCUUUGAGUCUAUAAAUAGCCGUCGCACGUAAAAUUCUCAACACAUCUAUCAGCUAUUACAGCCGUAAAAAAUCUAUUGUUGACAAUUCUGAAUAUUUAGCUCUUUGGUUAUUACAGCAGCUUUAGAAAUUCCAUUCGUUUUAUUUUUUAAAUUGCUUUAUCAUUAACUAUACCGUUAGGAGCGACAUCAUUUGGUUUAGUACAAAUAAUAUCUCUGAAAAACUCGGGUUAGACAGGAACAUAAUACUAGCAGUAGUUUCAUUUAACUUUUAUAAGGUUCUUAAAACAUUCGUUGAGUUGCUUACCGUGCGUGUUUCUAAAUUCAAUUUCUUGUUCCAGCUUCGUAAAAAAGUAGUCUUGAUUAUCCCGGCCUGUCAAUCAGUCCGUAGACUGGUUAAGCGAGACUAAUUU